CUCAAAAUGGACCGUUUAACAAAACUGGUAGAGAUAUGAACGAUAUGUAUGUACAGAGACGCACAAAUGAUGCUUAACUGAGGCUCCAAACUUGGGAAGAUUUGGGCUAUAAAUUAGAAAGAUAUUAGACCAGUCAGUGUUUAGAACAAAUUUUAAUUUAUAUUCAUACCAGCAUACAUUCAAAAAUUUCAAAUGGAUUUGGAUAUUACUAAAAUUCCAGAAAUAAGAGAAAUUACUAAAAUUGAAAGAAUUGGAGCUCACUCACAUGUUCAAGGGUUAGGAUUAGAUAAAAAUCUUCAUGCUCAACCAAAUGCUCAAGGAAUGGUAGGACAAAUAAAGGCUAGACGAAGUGCUGGAAUUAUUUUAGAAAUGAUAAAAGAAGGAAAAUUAUCUGGAAGGGCUAUAUUGAUAUCGGGUCAACCGAGCACUGGCAAAACUGCCAUCGCAAUGGGAAUAUCCAAAGCGCUUGGUUCCGACACCCCUUUCACCAAUAUAUCUGCGAGUGAAGUAUAUUCUCUAGAUAUGAAUAAAACUGAGGCCCUGACUCAAGUCAUAAGGAAGUCUAUAGGAGUUCGCAUCAAGGAAGAAGCUGACGUGAUCGAAGGAGAAGUGGUCGAGAUUCAAAUAGAUCGCCCUGCACAUUCUCCAGCUCAAAAAGUAGGCAAAAUAACGAUGAAAACAACGGAUAUGGAAACCUUAUACGACCUAGGCCCUAAAAUGAUAGAAGCCAUGAUCAAGGAAAAGAUUCAGGCAGGCGACGUGAUUAGCAUCGAUAAAAGUUCUGGAAAAAUUCAUAAAUUGGGUCGAGCUAUCAACCGUACCCGCGAUUACGACGCCAUGUCUCCAAAUAUCAAAUUUGUUCGUUGCCCCGAAGGCGAAAUACAAAAAAAGAAAGAAAUCAGCCAUACUGUUUCUCUGCACGACAUAGACGUUAUCAAUAGUCGGACUCAAGGCUUUCUAGCCCUUUUUUCUGGUGACACUGGUGAAAUCAAAUCCGAGAUCCGGGAUCAAAUCGAUGCCAAAGUCCUGGAAUGGAAAGAAGAGGGGAAAGCGGAAAUUAUUUCUGGAGUACUUUUCAUAGACGAAGUCCAUAUGUUGGAUAUAGAAUGUUUUUCUUUCUUGAACAGAGCUCUCGAGUCAGAUCUUGCCCCGGUUAUCAUCAUCGCUACCAACAGGGGAAUCACCAAAAUAAGGGGAACCGAUUACGAAAGCCCGCACGGAAUACCUGUCGAUCUGCUAGAUAGACUCUUGAUUAUUCACACCCAACCUUACAGUGAGGAAGAAAUCAAGGAAAUAUUAAUUAUAAGAUGUAACGAAGAAGACGUAGCGAUAGAGGACGAUGCUAUGAUAAUUCUAACUAGGAUCGGCAUGGAGACGUCACUCAGAUACGCCAUUCAUUUAAUCGCUACUUCUCAUUUAGUUGCUCGUAAAAGAAAGGCCGACAAGGUAAACAUAGAAGAUAUCAAGAGGGUUUACUCCUUAUUCAUAGACGAAGCCAGAUCCACCCAAUUUCUCAAAGAAUACCAAUCCGAAUUUCUUUACAAUGAAAGGAACGAUAUCCCGAAAGAAAACGGUGCUGGCGGCGACUCAACAACAUAUAAAAACGAAAUAGAAAUGGAAUCUGCUUGAAUAUCUUCCUAUUAUAAACAAUAUAUAAAUUCAUAAUAUGUAAUAAAUUUGUGUAAAAUAAGGAUAUCCGAAAACAACCCUUGUACUAUAUAAUAAAUGAAAUAAAAUGUGUUUUUUAUGGAG